AUGCAUUUCAUCCCCCUCCUCAGCAUCCUCUUCACCCUCCUCCUCCUCCACCUCCACCCCGCAUCCGCGAAAGCCAUCGACAUCAACAAAGACAUCCCCAUCGACCCGCAAGCCGACAUCUCAACCGUCAUCAACGACCUGCACACCCUCGCCACAGACCUCUCCACCCUCACCACAGCCGUCAACAACUUCUCCGGCGGUAUCCUCAACGCGCUCGACGUCCAGCGGAAGGAAUCUGCCGUCGAGAGCAGCUUGACCCAGUGCACUACCGACGUGGACGCCAUCGCUGCGUUUUCCAUUGCCGAUAGCGCAACGAUCACGAGCUUGGUGUUGGGAUUGCAGCCGAAUAUUAAAAGUGCGUUGGAUGGGAUUGUUACUAAGAAACCCCACUUCGUCAACCUCGGCGUCAGCAAUCUCGUCGCAGCAGAUAUUGGCUCUCUGCACGGAAAAACAGGCACGCUGUCGCUGGCGCUGCAGCGCAAGGCGUCGUCUGCGGACCGAAAGACUCUGUUCGAUACGAUGAAAGAUUUGGACGCUGGGUUUGAGACUGCGCUUGGGGCUUUUAAAUCUUGA